CGGCGGGGCGGCGCCUGCGCAGUGCGGGGGGCGGCGGGAGCGGCGCUGUGGUGGUGGUGGUGGUGGCGGCGGGGGGCGGAGGGCACCCAGCGCGGCCCGGCCCGGCCCGGCCCGGCCCGUCCCGUCCCGCUCCGCUCCGCGGGGCCUGCUCCGCUGCUCCGCUCCGCUCCUCCGCUCCGCUCCACCGCGCCGCAGCGGGCCGGGUCGUGCCGGUGCGGCUGGGCGGGGGGCAGCCGCGAGCGGCCCGCGGCGGGGGCCGGCGGCACCACCACCAUGUCCGGGCGCGGCCACAACAAGCUGCCGACCACCGAGCGCAUCGUCAAGGCUGUCCCGUUUCCCCCCACGCAGCGGCUCACCCUGAAGGAGGUGUUUGAGGAUGGGAAGCCCCGGCUCGACGUCCUCAAGAGCCACUUGGUGAAGGAAGGGCGCCUGGAGGAGGACGCCGCGCUCAAGAUCAUCAACGACGGCGCCGCCAUCCUCAGGCACGAGAAGACAAUGAUUGAGGUGGAGGCUCCCAUCACAGUGUGCGGUGACAUUCAUGGGCAGUUCUUUGACCUGAUGAAGCUGUUUGAAGUCGGAGGAUCACCCAAUAACACCCGCUACCUCUUCCUGGGGGACUACGUGGACAGAGGCUACUUCAGUAUAGAGUGCGUGCUGUAUUUAUGGAGUUUAAAGAUAAAUCACCCCAAAACGUUGUUCCUCCUUCGAGGGAACCAUGAGUGCAGGCACCUCACAGAAUACUUCACCUUUAAGCAGGAAUGUCGAAUCAAGUAUUCGGAGCGAGUGUAUGAUGCGUGUAUGGAUACAUUUGACUGUCUUCCUCUUGCUGCCCUCUUAAACCAGCAAUUUCUGUGUGUCCAUGGAGGACUGUCUCCAGAAAUCACAUGUCUAGAUGACAUUAGGAAAUUAGACAGGUUUAAGGAGCCUCCAGCCUUUGGUCCCAUGUGUGACCUGCUCUGGUCCGAUCCAUCAGAGGAUUACGGCAACGAGAAGACGCUGGAGCAUUUUGCCCACAACACUGUUCGAGGCUGCUCCUAUUUCUACAGUUACCCUGCGGUUUGUGAGUUCUUGCAGAACAAUAGUUUGUUAUCCGUUAUCCGAGCCCACGAAGCGCAGGAUGCCGGGUACCGAAUGUACAGGAAGAGCCAGACAACAGGCUUCCCAUCGUUAAUCACAAUCUUCUCUGCACCAAAUUACCUAGAUGUCUAUAACAACAAGGCUGCUGUACUGAAAUAUGAAAACAAUGUCAUGAACAUCAGGCAGUUCAACUGCUCCCCUCACCCCUACUGGCUUCCAAACUUCAUGGAUGUCUUCACAUGGUCUUUGCCUUUUGUAGGGGAAAAGGUCACAGAAAUGCUGGUUAACAUCCUCAACAUCUGCUCCGAUGACGAGCUGAUUUCAGACGGUGACGAGACAUUGGAAGGUGGGACAACGGUCCGUAAGGAGAUCAUCAGGAACAAGAUCAGAGCCAUUGGGAAGAUGGCACGUGUCUUCUCGGUUCUUCGGGAGGAGAGCGAGAGCGUGCUGACCCUCAAGGGCCUGACUCCCACAGGGACACUGCCCCUGGGGGUGCUCUCAGGGGGGAGGCAGACCCUCCAGACCGCCACAGUAGAAGCGGUAGAGGCACGGGAAGCCAUCCGGGGCUUCUCGCCGCAGCACAAGAUCCGCAGCUUCGAGGAGGCGCGCGGGCUGGACCGCAUCAACGAGCGCAUGCCGCCGCGCCGCGAGCACGCCGACGGGCCCGCCAGCCUCGGCGCCUCCACAAACUCUGCGGACAAGAACGGCGCGGGGAGGAAGGGGCAGUAGGGCCCGGGCCCGGCGCGCGAGGAGCCGAACCGCGAUGGAUUUUAUUUAUUUAUUAUUAUUCGGGGGGGGGGGAGGAAGCAGCUUCACCCGGAGGCACGUCCAUAGCCCCGUCUGCAUCCGUUCUGUCAGAAGGUGACCAUUUUGUAAGUUGUUUUCUUUUUUUAUUUAUGUUCAAUAUAUAAAACCGAGUCCAUCUUUCUCUGAAGUUAGAAGCCGAUCUAAGUGCUAGUGCAUACCUGGAGUGUUGUGCUGUGCAGCCGAGCUCCCCCGGAGGCAAACCUCUGCGCGGGGACGCCGAGCGACGAGAAGCAGUCCCAGGCAGCUUGGGUCGUUGACGUUGGUUCCGUUCGAAGGUCGCCUGUGCUCUCAGGAGCAGGUCCUUCCCUUGAAGACAAGGGUUGGUUUGGUUGUUCUGCUCUUUCCCAACUGUCUUUCUUCCCAGAGUUUGCUGUUGUUUUCUGCAGCUCCUUUGCCUCCCUGCGCCUGCUGCUUUAGCAACCGCCCCGGUGGCAGGCCCGUUGCGUGGUGCAACUGGCUGGGAUCCAUCCCUCUUCCAAGGUGACAUGCGAAUAUUCGGGAUUAGCUCUGAGGGACUCCAGGGCGUUACACCCAUCACAGCCCCUUUUCCUUCAGUCAUUCAGUUCUGUCCUGGCAGAGCCCCAGCAGGAAUGUGUAACCUCUUAGUAAGAACAGGAGGGGAUGUGGGAGAAGCGCUGCCCCUCGGUGCAGCUCCUUCCUGGAUUGAGGCUCUGCGAGCAGCCCGUCAGCUGGGGCUGCAGAAAUCCCUCUGGAAUCCCUCUGAUUCAGAGCACGGGAAUUAUCUCCCAUCCAGUGAUCGCUGGGGAAUCUGCAGGGCCUGAAUUUUAAAGGAAAAGGGGGUGAUUGAGAAUGUGGGGAUAGCAAGCCCCCCCCCCGUCCCACCAGCACGUACUGCAGAGCCCGCGGCACGUUCCCUUGUGCCCAGCUCUUCAGCCAGCCCUUGUUGAUCAGGACUUGUGGUGGGUUACAGGGGGGGUCUCGGCUAAGCCAGCACCCCCUCCCUGGUGUCCCACAGGGGGUUUGGGGAGGUCUUUCACCUCCUGUUGGCAACUUGAGCUUAUCCUGCUGCUGGUUACUGUGUUAAAUCCAAAGGAGCCACGGGCACAUGGGCUUUUCCUGGCAGUGGAGGGGGUUUUCCAGCUUGAGAUGAAGCUCGAAGGGAAGGAUGGGUGAUGGUGCUGCUUGUUUCGGUAGAGAUGUGGCUUGGCUGGUGGCGAGGCGGCUUUGCUGCAGAGCCCCUGGGCUUGGAAGCACAUCCCUCCCUGGGCUGCAGGGGAGGGAGCGUGGUUUAGGGUAGGUUGGCAGGUAGAAAACCGAGUGGAUCUGGAUCUAGGAGGAGUUCCGGAAGGGUGUUGGUGCAGAGCUGGAGAAGGGAGGUUUUCUGUGCAGUGUUAAGGGUUUGAAGCUUGGAUCUGUUAAGCAAAGCCUCGUUCUUUCACAUUAAACUGACCUGAGGUGAGCGUUGAAAAGGGAUUUUGUGGAUUCCUGUUCGGUCGCUUCCCUUCCCCGCGUGUCAGGGGACUCGUCCUGACAGAGCCAGAGCAGCAGCUUUUGGAAGCAAAUCCCUUCCAGCUUUCGCUUCUCCCCCACCUCCCCUGUCUCUUGCGCUUCCCCCCAGCGGGGCAGCAGGCUCAGCCUCUAACAAGGGCCAUCUGCCAACCCCUUCCUGGAUCUCGCUGUCUUCCCUUUGUGCUGCAGCCCUAAGCUGCGGUUCCAGCCGUGGAGGAGAACAGCAACUCUGCAGGAAGCUUUCAAACCCUUUGGAUCACGGCGUCCCCGGGCUCUGGUGCCAGGCGGGCGGGAGCCCGUGGCGCUGGGCUCGCGCAGGCGGGAGUCACCUCCCUGCGCUUCUCCUUCGCUUGUCCCCUUCCUCACAUGCCCCCAGCUUUGAAGCAGGGCGAGGUGUUAGAGCCAGCUUCUGUGCCCCCCCGCGGCCGUUCUGUCUGUGCGUGUUUCUGUGGCGUUGUUGAGCAGCAAGUUUGAACCGCGCUGAGCUCACCCCAGAGCUCGAUCCCUGCGGAGGUGCUGCCCGUGCGUGCUCCGGGCACGUCGUGCUGCGCCGGGCUGGGCUCUCACCCAGGCACGGCUCUGGUGGGGAGCUCUGGGAUGGGGUGCUCCUACCCACAGAGUGGGGGGGUCACCAGGGCCUGUCCCCUUGCGGAGGGGGAUUUGCUUUGCUCACACUUUCUCCCCCAAACCCUUCUUCUCGUGCUCUGGCAUCACCCGCUCCCCCUCCAAACCCCAUUUGUGCUUCGUGCUUUGCUGCAGUUGCAGUGCACAGGGGGGCUGUCGGUGGUGUGACCCCCAUCCCUGCGGCUGGGGGGGCUGUAGCUUCACCCCAUUCCAGCCCCGGGGGGGCUGGUGCUGUCAGGGAAGGUGGUUACAGCUGGAUACGGGCUGGGAGCCAUAGAGCAGCCAGGCUGCAUGGAUGCCAUGCUGCCAGGUGAAGCACAGGCUCCCCGUCCUGCUCCCCCCUUCCGUGGCAGGGGUUCUGGGGGCUUGAGGAGCAGCACUGGGGGCUCAUGGGCACUAAUUGCCCCCUGGAUUGAUUAACUCAUCCCUUCAACCCUCUCCAUGCUGGCAGCAGGACCUGAGAAGCCCCAUCCCCUCCUCACCGCUUCAGGUGAUGGAGACCUCGUCUCCCUCAUCAUCCCCACCACGGCAAACCCCCCCAAACCCCCCGAUUUCCCCCUUUCCCCCUCCUGCCCCCCCCAGCACCAGCACUCGGAGCUCCCCACGUCUCAACCCCCCAUCUCGGAGCUCCCCUCCCUCUGUCCCUCCCUGGCUGCCCCCCGGAGCUGGGCAGCAGGAGCUGGGGAGCAGCAGGGCCCGUGGGGAGGCAGCCCCGGCCCCCCCGGCCCCCCCGCCCCGCAGCCUGCGUUUGGUUUUGGGUUUUGUUUUUGCAUGUUCUAGCGAGGUGCAUGUCCAAGGAGGGAGUCGGCGAUGGGUCGGGUGGUGGGCGAGAACCGGGGGGGCUGGGGGGGUUCUCCUGUUUGUUGGGGGGGUUUGGAGCCCCUCGGGGGCAGGGGAUGCCCUGAGGCCUGUGCCAGGCCCGGAGCCCCCCCAGGCCCCGGAUGGUGAUGGGUGGCGGGGGGGGGUUGGGCGCCCGUUGCCUCCUUUUCUUUCAGUUGUUUUAUAAAUUCCUUUUAUUUUAUUUUAAUUUCUUUUUUUCGGUUUUUUUUUAGUUCUGUUUAAAAGAGGAGAAACAAAAACCGUGCAAAUGUUAUUUAUUGGCAGAAAUUAUUUAAUAUAAUUCCCUUUUCUUGUGACCAAGGAAUGACUUUGUGGGAAGUGUCUUGGUGUCAAGUGGGGUCGUCCUUGAGGAGAAAACCAGGAGAAAAAGGAGAAAAAAAGUUAAAAAUUGACCCAGUC